AUGGCCACAAAUGCUUCAAGACAGAACUGUGGUGAUACAGUACGAGGACCUAAUGGAACAAUAGAUAGUCCAGGCUUUCCAUAUGGGUAUCCAAAUUAUGCCAACUGCACCUGGACGAUCGUCACUGAAGAACGGAAUAGAAUACAAUUGGCAUUUCAGUCAUUUGCCUUGGAGGAAGACUUCGAUGUACUAUCAGUUUAUGAUGGUCAAUUGCGACAGGAAAACCUAAGAACCAGGUUAACAGGAUUUCAACUUCCUUCUCCAAUUGUGAGUUCUGGAUCUGUACUCACAUUGUGGCUGAUCAGCGAUUAUGCCGUGAGUGCUCAAGGCUUCAGGGCAGUCUAUGAGGUAUUGCCAAGUCAUACUUGUGGAAAUCCUGGCAAGUUACAGAAUGGAUUGCAGCAGGGAACCACAUUCAAUAUUGGUGACAAAAUCCGGUUCAGCUGUAAUGUCGGCCACUUCCUGGAGGGACAUGCAGUGUUGACUUGCCUGGUCAGCACACACAACAGUGCUUCAUGGGAUUUUCCAGUUCCCUUUUGCAGAGCAGACGAUGGUUGCGGAGGGACCCUACGAGGACAGAGUGGGGUUAUCUCGAACCCUGGUUUUCCAUCAGAUUAUGACAAUAAUGCAGACUGCACUUGGACUAUUCUGGCAGAACCUGGCGACACCAUUGCACUGGUCUUCACAGACUUUCAACUGGAAGAUGGAUAUGACUUCUUGGAGGUCAGCGGGACAGAAGAUUCGUCAACAUGGCAAGUGUACAAAUUCAUUAUUAUUAAAUUAAACCUAAUGGUGUUUAUGCAGAGUGGGAUCUGA